CGACCAACUACUGACUAUCUGCCUUCGAUUCUAAGCUACCUCUACAAUUCUGGUCAAAGGUUUAUGCCACUCCCGGCAUGAUCUGAUUUCUUUGUCUUGACACGAACCAGGAUGGGGGUUGAUCGCAGAAAGGCUGCCGUUUUUGGUGGUGCUUUUGUGCUGCGACUUCUGCUGCUGGUGCUGUUCCCUUCGCUCCCCGACUUGUUGACGGGCAGAGUGGAGGUCUCAACGCCCGUCACCAGCUUUAAACGAUUACAAGAGGGUCUCUUUCUUUACACUCGCAAUGUUUCCCCCUAUGACGGAGGCGUCUUUCACCAGGCGCCCCUCCUUCUUCCUAUAUUCUCUUUACUUCCAAGCUCUCAAGGCUUUCCUCUUCCGACAGUCGUGCUAUAUUCCUUGAUCGAUCUACUCAACGCAAAUGCCUUGAUCACAAUCUCGGAGUCGGGCUGGGCAGUCUCGGGGCGUUCGUACUCGGCCAUACGCAAGCAUAUUAGAUGGGAUGGGGUGACAAUUGCAGCAUGUUUCUUGUUCAACCCUUUCACCAUCGCAACCUGUCUGGGCCGUUCCACCGCGGUCUUCACUUCGGCGGGAAUCCUCCACGCGAUCUCCAGUGCUGUCACGGGAAAGGCCUUCAACUCAAUGCUCGCCUUAGGCUUUGCCUCUUACCUCUCGAUCUAUCCGGCGCUGCUCUUCAUGCCGCUCAUGCUUCUGUGCUACGACCAGCGUGCGCAGACAGCUCAGACAUUCCCCAGCACGACCGUCUUCGCUCUGCAGCACUUGGCAGUCUUUCUCCUGAGCAUUGCUGGCCUGCUUGGAGUAUCAGCCCUUCUGAUUGGCGACUUUAGAGCGUUCCUCUCGGCCACUUAUGGAUUUCAGUUGCUUGUCCCGGACCUCACGCCCAAUGUCGGCCUGUGGUGGUACUUCUUCAUCGAGAUUUUCGACUCGUUCCGCGAAUUCUUCCUCGGUGUCUUCUGGCUACACCUGGCCUCCUACAUGGGCGGUCUGACGAUUCGGUUGCGCAGACAACCGCUAUUUGUGCUGAGCUCCCUGCUCGGGAUUUUUGCUGUCUUCAAGCCCUAUCCCAGCAUUUCUGAUGCGUCGCUAUACUUUGCACUUCUUCCGCUCUAUCGACACCUCUUCCCUUUGAUGCGCUAUACCUUUUUCGCCGUCUCGGCGUUGCUCUAUGCCACGCUUCUCGGCCCGGCGUUCUAUCACCUGUGGAUCUACGCCGGCUCAGGCAACGCCAAUUUCUUCUACGCUAUUACUCUCGUCUGGAGCUUAGGACUUUCGAUCUUGCUGGCGGAUACCAUCUUUGCCGCCCUCCGCGACGAAUGGGAGUACGACAACCCCGACGUACGGGGGAAAGAUGUGAAGCAGGUGUAAAUUAUUUCCACUAUUUUUUAGGUAGAC